AUGAAAGCAGCCACACGAGCUUUGGGAUUCGAAGCAAAGAAAGCACAGAUACUGUCUAUCAUGCGAACAUAUGAUCCACCUCAUGGGAAUAAAAUCGGUUACGAGGAUUUCUACUACGUUAUAUCAGAUAAAAUUAGGAAGAGAAAUCCUAUAGACGAAUUUAAAUAUGCGUUUAAACUCUUUACGGCCAAUUCAGAAUCUUGUAAAAUAUCCCUAGAAAACUUACAAGAUAUUAAUCGAAGAACUCAAAGCGGAUUAUCGGAUGAUGAGAUGCGUUCUAUGAUUGAAGAGUUUGAUAUUGAUCUUGACGGAUUGAUUGACGAAGCUGAGUUUUUGGAGAUAAUGAUGCAGUCUGAAUAUUGA